AUGGCAGGCCAGCUUACCAACAGAGGCUACUGGCUCUCAUCCUUCUCUGAGCCGGGCAAGACUAUCGACCUCCCCGUUCCCAAGGUGUCCAGCGGCAGCGUCGUUGUCGAGGUCCUAGCUACCCUUGUUCUUCCCUACCUAGCCCAGAUCCAUCAAGGAGGAGUUCAACAGGCAAAUUUGAUGCUUCCACUGGUUCCAAAUGCGAACUGCAUUGGUCGUAUAAUCGAGGUGGGCCCGGAUGCCACGCUAUUGAAAGCUGGCGACUUGGUCUGGGCUGAUAGCACCAUCGUUGGCCGUGACGAUCAUACCGUUGUCAUUGUUCAAGGCCAUCUCGGUGGCCUCGGAGAGCGUGGGCGAACACUGAUGCAGGGUGAAUGGCGUGAUGGUUCUUUUCAGAAAUACCAAAAGGUGCCGCUCGAGAGCUGCCAUCUUCUCAACGUAGACCGGCUGGUGAAAGAUCUGGGAUAUAAUUUGCUUGAGCUCACCACCAUCAUUCUUUACACUGUCGCAGGCGGCGCCAUCCUGGAGAUGGCAAAUCUCCAGGCUGGCCAGACCAUCGUCAUCGGUCCAGCCACAGGCUCCUUCAGCGGUGCUGCUGUCGAGCUGGCCCUUCUCUGUGGCGCCAAUGUGAUUGCCAUUGGCCGGACGGAAAAGACCCUAAUUACACUCAAGGAAAAGCUAGGGAGCCCCAAGAGACUGAAGUAUGCAGUCAUGACGGGGGAUGUUGAUGCCGACGCCGCUGCCAUCUUGCGACUAACUCCCGAUGGGAAGGGAGCCGACGUUUUCAACGACUGGACGCCGGGGUGGAUCGAGAAGCCAGUAUUUCUUCCAGCCGGGCUAAAGACCCUGAAGGCCUGGGGAAAGAUCAUUCUCAGCGGUGCAGCAUGGGGAUCAGCGGAUAUUCCGUAUGCCAUGUCGAUCCACAACAACUGGCAGGUGAUUGCGAGAUGGUGCUGCACACGAGGGACCCUGACCCGAGUUCUCGACUUGAUCAACCAGGGUCUUUUAGAGAUUGGGAAAUCGACAGGGGGUGAAUUUACAACCUUUGAGCAGGUGGAGGAUGUCGAGAGGGCAAAGGAGCAUGCAGCGGCGAAUGGCAGAUUCAAGAACUACACCGUCCUGCUUCCGAAUGGACCAAUCUAA